CAACAGCAAGCAGUCGUAACAUUUAAGCGGGCACCGCAUUCGGUUGGUCUUUUGCCUUUCCACGCAGUGUUAGAGCCAACUCCAACUCCAAGUCCAACUUCAUUUGCAGUUCCAGUUCCAGUUCCAAUGCCAGAUAGAGUGCCAUAGAGAUCCUCACUAAGUGCCAAAAUCAACAGCCUAAUCCCGAUCCCUGCGCUUACCUGCCAGAAGCCAGAAGCAAGAAGCCAGAACCACAGCUUAGGACGGACGCGAGACAGCUGCUCAAGCGGAGCUGAGAAAAACAACGAAGGAAGUUCCUUAGUGCCAUAGAAUGGAGUAAUUGCAGCGACAACGAAGAACAGCAAACAGCAGCAGCAGCAGCAAGAACAACAACCUGAAGCUCAACCGAAUCGAAUCAAAUCGAAUCAACACAGUGCCUUCAAUCAAUCCGUUGAUAAGUGAUAUUUAUUAUGUUUACACCCGCGAGGAGCUAUCGAAGCUGCAGCAACAGUGAGAGCCUUAACCAUCGGUCGGGAAUCGAUGAGCAGGCCGCGUCCUAGGCGUUGUCCUUCGCAGUCCUAAUCCCCCCACGAGUGCAAUCCCGAAUCCAGUUCAAAUUAGUGAAGUAAGCCAAGAGGAGCCUUAGCCAGGAGCGACAGCCAGCUCGAAUAAUGUCCACAUCCACCGCCACAACGAGUGUCAUCACGUCCAACGAGCUCUCGUUGUCCGCCCACGGGCACGCCCACUCCCACACACACAACUCCCACACGCACAACUCCCACUCGCACGGCCACGCGCUGCACCAGCACCAGCACAGCCGCAUCGGAGGAGGCCUAGGAAUCGGAGUCCUCAGUGACGCCUCCCUAUCACCCAUCCAGCAGGGCGGAGGAGGAGGAGGCGGCGGCGGCGGAGGUGCCAACAGCUCACCCCUGGCGCCCAACGGUGUACCCCUGCUGACCACCAUGCACCGCUCCCCGGACAGUCCCCAGCCGGAGCUGGCGACCAUGACGAACGUCAACGUCCUCGACCUGCACACAGACUCCUCCAAGCUGUACGACAAGGAGGCGGUCUUCAUCUACGAAACGCCCAAGGUGGUGAUGCCCGCCGACGGUGCCACGGAAGAUGGCCAUGCCAUCGAUGCGCGGAUCGCGGCCCAGCUGGGCACACAGCACGCCCAGCAGCAGCAACAACAGCAGCAACAGCAGCAGCAGCAGCAACAGCAGCAGCAACAGACGGAGCACCAGCCGCUGGCCAAGAUCGAGUUCGAUGAGAACCAAAUCAUCCGCGUGGUGGGACCGAACGGAGAGCAGCAGCAGAUCAUCUCGCGAGAGAUCAUCAACGGGGAGCACCACAUUCUGUCGCGGAACGAGGCCGGGGAGCACAUCCUCACGCGCAUCGUCAGCGAUCCCUCGAAGCUGAUGCCCAACGACAAUGCGGUGGCCACGGCCAUGUACAACCAGGCCCAGAAGAUGAACAACGACCACCAGGGCGUCUACCAGACCUCGCCCCUGCCCCUGGACGCCUCCGUGCUGCACUACAGCAACGACAACAGCAACGUGAUCAAAACGGAGGCAGACCUCUACGAGGACCACAAGAAGCAUGCGGCCGGCGGUGGCUCCAUCAUCUACACCACCUCCGACCCGAACGGCGUCAAUGUGAACGUGAAGCAGCUGCCCCACCUGGCCGUGCCGCAGAAGCUCGACCCGGACCUCUACCAGACGGACAAGCACAUCGAUCUGAUCUACAACGACGGCAGCAAGACCGUCAUCUACUCCACCACCGACCAGAAGGGUCUCGAGAUCUACUCAGGCGGCGACAUCGGCAGCCUCGUCUCCGACGGCCAAGUGGUGGUCCAGGCGGGCCUGCCCUAUGCCACCACCACCAGUGCCACAGGCCAGCCCGUCUACAUCGUGGCCGAUGUCAGCGAGGACCAUCUACAAAGUGGAAAGCUCAAUGGCCAGACCACACCCAUCGAUGUCUCGGGCCUAUCGCAGAAUGAGAUCCAAGGCUUUCUGCUCGGCUCACACCCCUCAUCAUCGGCCUCGGCCGUCAGCACCACUGGCGUUGUCUCCACCACCACCAUCUCGCAGCACCACCAGCAGCAGCAACAGCAGCAGCAGCAGCAGCAACAGCAACAGCAGCAGCAUCCCGGCGACAUUGUGAGUGCCGCAGGCGUGGGGAGCGCAGGCUCCAUUGUCUCAUCGGCGGUGCAACAACAGCAGCAGCAGCAGCAGCUGAUAACCAUCAAAAGGGAGCCGGAGGAUCUGCGCAAGGAUCCGAAGAACGGUAACAUUGCCGGAGCGACGGCAGCGAACGGCGGCGCGGGUUCGGUCAUAACGCAAAAGAUCUUGCACGUGGAUGCGUCGCCACCAGCCGACGAAGCUGAGAUUAGCGAGAUUAGCCACAGACACAGUCCCUGCACCACCAGAACCACCAGAAACAACAGAACCAACAGCUGCAGCAGUAGUAGUCCUGCCACCGAACUAGAGAUGUAUGCUACCACGGGCGGCACACAGAUUUACCUACAGACCUCACAUCCCAGCACGGCCAGCGGCGCGGGAGGAGGUGGCGGCGGCAGCGGCGUCGGUGGUGGCGGAUCUGGCGGAGCCGGCGGCUCCCUGCAGGCACAAAGCCCCAGUCCGGGGCCGUACAUAACCGCCAACGACUAUGGAAUGUACACGGCCAGCCGACUGCCGCCCGGCCCCCCGCCCACCACCGCCACCACCUUCAUAACGGAGCCCUACUACCGGGAGUACUUUGCGCCGGACGGACAGGGCGGCUAUGUGCCCGCCUCCACGCGCUCCAUCUACGGCGACGUGGACGUUUCGGUGUCGCAGCCAGGCGGAGUGGUCACCUACGAGGGUCGCUUCACAGGCAACGCCCCCCCGCCCACCACCACGACGCUGCUCACGAGCAGCGUCAGCGUGCACCACCAGCAACAGCAGCAGCAGCAGCAGCAACAACAGCAACAGCAACAGCCCCAACACCAGCAGCACCUCCACCAACAGCAGCAGCAGCAGCAGCACCACCAUCCGCAGGACGGCAAGGGCGGCGGCAGCACGCCACUCUAUGCCAAGGCCAUCACGGCGGCGGGACUCACCGUCGAUCUGCCCAGUCCCGACUCGGGCAUCGGCACGGAUGCCAUCACGCCGCGGGAUCAGACCAACAUACAGCAGUCCUUCGAUUACACGGAACUGUGCCAGCCGGGCACCCUCAUCGAUGCCAAUGGCAGCAUACCGGUGUCCGUUAACAGCAUCCAGCAGCGGACAGUGGUGCAUGGCAGCCAGAACAGUCCCACCACCUCCCUGGUGGACACGAGCACAAACGGUUCGACGCGUUCGCGGCCCUGGCACGACUUUGGCCGCCAGAACGAUGCCGAUAAAAUACAAAUACCAAAAAUAUUCACAAAUGUUGGCUUCCGCUAUCACCUGGAGAGCCCCAUCAGCUCGUCACAGAGGCGCGAGGACGAUCGCAUCACCUACAUCAACAAGGGCCAGUUCUAUGGGAUCACGCUGGAGUAUGUGCACGAUGCGGAUAAGCCCAUCAAGAAUACGACGGUUAAGAGUGUGAUCAUGCUCAUGUUCCGCGAGGAGAAGAGUCCCGAAGAUGAGAUCAAGGCCUGGCAAUUCUGGCACAGUCGCCAGCAUUCCGUGAAGCAAAGAAUCUUGGAUGCAGAUACGAAGAACUCGGUUGGCCUGGUUGGCUGCAUCGAGGAAGUGUCGCACAAUGCCAUCGCCGUUUACUGGAAUCCGCUGGAGAGCUCCGCCAAGAUCAACAUUGCGGUGCAGUGCCUGAGCACGGAUUUCAGCAGUCAAAAAGGAGUCAAGGGCCUGCCGCUGCACGUACAAAUCGACACAUUCGAGGACCCCAGAGAUGCGGCCGUCUUCCACCGGGGCUACUGUCAGAUAAAGGUCUUCUGCGAUAAGGGCGCCGAGCGCAAGACGCGCGAUGAGGAGCGACGGGCCGCCAAGCGGAAGAUGACGGCCACCGGCAGAAAGAAGCUGGAUGAGCUCUACCAUCCGGUGACAGAUCGGUCCGAGUUCUAUGGCAUGCAGGACUUUGCCAAGCCGCCGGUGCUCUUCUCGCCAGCGGAGGACAUGGAGAAGGUAGGUCAGCCGGGCCUGACUGGCUUGACAUUCAUCCACACGAAUACGAAUACGCACACGAAUACGAAUACGAACUCGAACUCGAACUGCAACUCCAACUCGAAUUCGCCCUUGCAGAGCUUCUACGGCCAUGAGACUGACUCGCCGGACCUGAAGGGUGCCUCGCCGUUCCUGCUCCACGGCCAGAAGGUGGCCACGCCGACGCUCAAGUUCCACAAUCACUUUCCGCCCGACAUGCAGACCGAUAAAAAGGAUCACAUACUGGACCAGAACAUAAUGACCAGCACACCCAUGGCGGACUUUGGUCCGCCCAUGAAGCGGGGACGCAUGACGCCGCCGACCUCGGAGCGUGUCAUGCUGUACGUGCGGCAGGAGAACGAGGAGGUCUACACACCGCUGCAUGUGGUUCCCCCCACCACAAUCGGUCUGCUGAAUGCGGAUUACUGCGAAAAUUGACGACGAUAUGAUAUCGUUCUACUGCAAUGAGGACAUCUUCUUGCUGGAGGUGCAGCAGAUCGAGGACGAUCUGUACGAUGUCACGCUGACGGAGCUGCCCAAUCAGUAGCAGAGGACACCCACAAACACACACAACACACACAAAUAUGGACACAAUUUUGCCAAACAACAAGAACCAGGAGUGUUGUUUCAAUAAGCCAUUUUCCAUAGAGCCUAAGCCUAAAUCGUAGUAGUCGUAAUGGAGGAUCCGGAUCGGAUCCAAGUUGCUACAAAUGUGGAUGGAUGGACGUAGAAAAGCAAAUACAAAAUAACCCCCCAUAUGCUUAAAAUUCGAUUUAGAUUUAGCAACAAUGAGAUUACUGACAAUUGUUUGAUCAAAUUUGAAAUUCUCGCUAUGUUUAUAGAUAUUGUAAUAUUGCCUAAGCCCUAAUCAUAAUCGUAUCUAUUAUAUAUCGAGUCUAUAUAGAUAUACAUAUGCAUAUGUACAUAUGUAUGCACUAUGGAGUGCAAGAGCUGUCUGUCCAGUAACACAUAAGUUUCGCUUCCGCUCCCCUGCUUAUGCUUCGACCUUAGGUCCAGGGCAAGUAAGAGUUACAGAAUCUAUCUAUUUAGAACCCCUAAUUCUACCCUAGAGAUACACACAUAUGUUUGUCGUAAGCGUUUACUUGUUGAAUAUAAAUUGUACAAUUAUUUUUGGAUAAAAACCCACACAAAAAAAAGACAAAAAAAAAACACAAAUCGUUUGUUCUAUAUUUCUGAUUCUAAAAUCUUCCCUCUGUCCCACACCCCCCAAAAAAACACUCUGUUAUGUUAUCUAUGAUUAGGAGAUCUCUGAAAGAAACAAAACAAAACAAAAAACGGAAAUUAAAAGCGAAAAUUACUUUGAAUUGUCCAAAAGAAAAGAAAAAAGAAAUAAUAACUAUCCUUAGCUAUAGAGAUACACACAUAGAGAUAAGUACACUCUGCAAUAAAACAUGUUGAUACAAAUCGUAAAUUAAGUCCCAGAUAAGGCGAAACAAUAUCGAAACAAAACCACAACAAAAAACAACAAAACAACAAAAAGUUGAAGCAAAUUUGUGUGCAUUUGUUGUAAAACAAACAAAAAAUAUCUAAAAAGAAAAAGAACAAUCAGCACGGAGAGUUGAUUCAAAACUAAAGAAUGAAGCAGGAAUGAAGAUCCGAUUGUAGCACCAUGCAAUAACAGGCAUUCGAUUGAUUAUUAUAUACAUUUAAACAAAAAGAAGAUACAGUACAGAUAUAUACAGAUACGCACUAUAUAGUAUAUGUAGGAAUAGCAUAUCGCAUAGCAGGAAUGCGUUUACAAUCUUUGUUUGCCAUAAUUAACAGUUUAAUUUAAUUAACGAAAUGUUUUGUGUACAAUGUCUAGGCGCGAUCCGGGCAGAGGAGAAGAUCGAGUCCUGCCUGGAGCCACGAAUACUCCGCAUCGAUUGCUACCACUCUGAACAGUACGCGUUCAAUGCUCAAUAUUAUUAUUAUUUGUUUAUUAAUUGUAAUCCCCUCCCCACCCCCCCACCCCUUCCACUUCCAUUGCCACUGCUAUAUCUUGCUCCCUGCCCCCGCCUAACACUUUACUCUCUUUCCACUUCUUGUACUUUGACUGUUAUUUGGGAGGGGAGACCGCCUUUUCCCCCAAAACAGUCUAGGUGUUGUACAUCACAAUUUGUUUUAGUUGUAGCACUUAAUUCUAAACGUACUUUACUCAAGAUUACACAAUAUUAUAUGAUACGAGAUCAGAUAUGAAUGUCAGAAAUGAAUUGAAAUGAAGAACAAUCGAAAAUCUUGCCGGAAUGUUAUAAAUCUUUAUGUUUAGUUUAUUGUAACCCCUAAGUUCUAUGCUCUUUCUAUAUAUAUACAUAUAUACA